AUGGAAAGCAAGGAUCCCGAAGUUGCAAUUGCCACAGAUGGCCCAAUCAGUCGAGCACCAACUGACGUCCAGGGAGAAAUUAGCCAUUCCGGCGUUGCAGAGCCAGCAUUGGCCAGGACCCUGGAGUCCCGUCAUCUGAUAUUCUUCUCACUUGGAUCCUCCAUCGGCCUUGGGCUCUGGUUAGGAUCUGGAGCUACACUAGCAACUGGCGGUCCUGUCAGUAACGUCCUCGGCUUCCUUACUGCUGGAGUUAUCUCAUGGUCUGUCGCACAAGCCACAGGCGAGAUCGCUUGCAAUUAUCCUAUUCCUUCGGCAUUCCCACGAUGGGCCGACAAAUUCAUCGACAGAGCCCCCGCCUUCACCUUAGCGUGGUCCUACUGGUUGUUGCUCACCCUUACGCUUGCUGCAGAGAUUCAGGGCGCCGUCACUGUUGUGCGUUAUUGGACCGAUGCGCUACAUGUGUCGGUGUGGGUCACAAUUUUCCUCGCGAUACUGCUCCUAAUCAACGUCUUCGAGGUCAAGCUGUUUGGAGAGGUGGAGUUCUUCUUCUCCGUCAUCAAAUUUUUCUGGAUUUUCGUCGUCAUCAUCAUGUUCAUCGUCAUAUCGGCUGGUGGAGCCCCAAACCAUACUACAACAGGCUUUCGCUACUGGCGAGAAAUACCCUUUAUCAACGGAUUCAAAGGUUUUCUCACUGGAUUGUACAACUGCAUCUUCUCCAUGGCAGGGACUGAGUUCCUCGGUCUGACGGCAGCUGAAGCCCGCGACCCCAAAAGAUCAGUUCCUAAGGCGGUGAACACAGUCUGGAUCCGCCUCGGUCUUUUCUAUGUCGGGGGAGCCUUUUUCACUACUCUCUGUGUGGAUCCUCGAGAUCCGGAUCUUUUCGGAGCCUCGGGCACGAACGCCAGUCCCUUCAACAUCGCUAUGCUGAGGGCAGGUCUCCCUAACGCUGCACACGUGAUGAACGGCAUCAUAUUGAUCAGCGUCUUGUCCUGUGGAAAUGCAGGGGCCUACGCGAGUUCGAGAAUUCCAGUCGGGUUGGCCCACAUUGGCAUGGCUCCCAAGAUCUUUCUCAAAACCGAUGCUCGUGGACGACCUUGGCCGAGUAUCAUGCUGACCUUCGUCGUUGGUGGAGGCAUAUCGUACCUCAAUGCCAGUGCAAGUGCGUCCCAAGUCUUCGUGUGGCUUGCACGUCUGGUCGGGCUGGGUGAGCUGUUCAAUUGGGCUAUGAUUUUUCUAACCCAUAUACGCUUCCGGCAAGCCUGGGCGGCGCAAGGCUAUACAAAGGCCGAUCUUCCAUGGGCAACCAAGUUCUACCCUUAUUCUAGCGGAAUAGGACUAGGCAUGUGCCUUUUGCUCAUCGUGAAUCAAUUUUACCUUUCGGUGUGGCCUCUAGGAGAAUCCCCUUCCGCUGACAAUUUCUUCGGAGGGUUCAUCUCGAUAGUGGUCUUGCUGUUUGUCUACAUCUGCGCCAAAAUCUAUUGGCGUGGUCCUUUAUACAGGAAGCGAGGCCAGAUUGACCUUGUGAGGGACCGUCGCAUCUACCCACCGGAGGACAGUGAAACCAAGGACGGCCGAACGGGCUUUCCACUGGUCAAAGCUUUAUGGAUGAGUCUUCGAAAAAGGCCCGGCGAUUCAAACCGUUAG